AUGAGUGCUACCACGGCAGCCCCGGUCGGCGGCUCCAAGCUCGACGCCGAGCCCAAGAAGCUCUCCGGCCUCAACCUCUACUCGCGCUACGCCUUUUCCGGCGCCGUGUGCUGCUCCGUCACCCACGGAUCUCUGACCCCCGUCGACGUCGUCAAAACCCGCAUCCAACUCGACCCCAAAACCUACAACCGCGGCAUCUUCGGAACCUUCCGCCAAAUCAUCCGCGCCGAAGGAGCAGGCGCCCUCCUCACCGGCGUCGGCCCAACCUUCGCGGGAUACUUCCUCCAAGGCGCCUUCAAGUUCGGCGGCUACGAAUUCUUCAAGCAGCAAUCCAUCAACGUCAUCGGCUACGAGAACGCCCGCCAGAAUCGCAUCGCAGUCUACUGCGUGUCGUCCGCCUGUGCCGAGUUCUUCGCCGACAUCGCGCUGUGUCCGCUCGAGGCUACGAGGAUUCGGUUGGUGAGUGAGCCGGGGUUCGCGAGUGGCUUGGUUUCGGGGUUUGGUAGGAUUUUGAGGCAGGAGGGUGUGGGCGCUUUUUAUUCCGGGUUUGGGCCUAUUCUGUUCAAGCAAGUUCCCUACACAAUGGCCAAAUUCGCCGUCUACGAAAAAGUAGCCGAGCUCGCCUACACCAAAUUCUUCGACAAGUCCAAGACCAGCGACGCCAUGCAGACGGCCGUCAACCUCGGCUCCGGCCUCAUCGCGGGCUUCGCCGCCGCCAUCAUCUCCCAGCCCGCCGACACCAUGCUCUCCAAGAUCAACAAGACCAAGGGCGAACCCGGCGAGAGCAACACCUCGAGGCUCAUCAAGAUUGGCAAGGAGCUUGGGGUUCGUGGGUCGUUUAGCGGGUUGGGCGCGAGGUUGGUUAUGGUUGGAGCUUUGACGGCUGGGCAGUUUGCUAUUUACGGUGAUCUCAAGAAGGCGUUAGGAGCUGUUGGAGGUGUUGAAAUUGCAAAAUAG